UCAAUUAAACAAAGAGCAGCCUGGAGUUAAGCCUUGGAGUUGAUUUGUCCGUACAGGAAACUGGAAGUCUGAGAUGGCAAAUAGACCAGCCCGGUCCACUGCUAAACGUGGGGAAAUUAACAUUGGAAGCGGAUUCAGACUUUCCUUUGCACUGUUGGAUGUUCUCUAUGCAAAUCAGUUUGAAGGACAGCUUAUAGAUCCAGAAGUUGCUCAUCAGACAGAGCAAAACUUUUACAGAGGGGCCCCACCGAAAUGGUUAAACUUUCACAUUAGUGAACAGGCAGAGCCAGGUGGCACUCCUUUCAUCAAACGAGACGGAUACAAAAAACUUGUAGAACAAAUUCAGCAAAGGAGAAAACUCCCUGGAGUAUCAACUGUGAAACUGUUCCACCAGCCAGGAUGUGGGGGGACCACACUAGCGAUGAAGGUGUUGUGGGACUUGAGGAAGACCUUCAGGAGCGCUGUUUUAACAGGCUCAACCCCAGACAUCACAGAUGUUGCAGAGGAGGUGGUUGACCUUUUCACAGCAGGCGAUCGAGGCGAUCAGAACACAGUGCUGCUGUUGGUGAAUAAUGAAAAGAUUUCGGAAGAUCUGCAAGACGUCAUUAUGAUGAAGAUUGCGGAGCGGAACAUAGUCACCCAUAAGCCCGUGGUGAUUUUUCUCAGUUGUGUUAGAAAAAAUGCAGUUCUGCAGAGUGACCAUGUAUUCCUACCAGACGUACUUUCUGAUACAGAGAAGCAAAAAUUUGAUGAGAAAAAGAAAGAGAUUUACAGAAGGUACAGUGAUAAAUGCAGCCAAUUCCAUGGCUUCAACAUAAUGCAAACUAAUUUCUCAGAAGAUUAUGUCGAACAAGCAUGCGAAGUACUCAGUGGAGGUCAGAGUGCAAACAAGCCAAAGAAGACUCAGCUGGCUGCCUUCCUAUCCCUGCUGAAUGCCUACGUACCAGGCUCAUACCUCCUGGAGUCUCAGUGCCUGGACUUCUUCAAAAGUGGCGACUACAUCCAUGGUGACUCUUCACUCGAGGACAGAAUGAAGCCCUUUAGCCAUCUCAUUGUCACCUUCCAACAAGAUAAAAGAUCAGAAAAAAAAGUCUGCAUGGCUCACCCUAUGAUCGCACAGUGUUGCACUGAACUGAUGGCCAGGGCAGGCGUAAAAAGAAGUGACACAGCAAGAGACUUCAUCACCUGUUUGUGCAGAGAUGAGCUCCCACCAUUUUUGGUUGGCUUCAUCAAAGACAUGCUAACUCGAAGAAAACGAGUAAUAAAAGAAGAAAACCCAGUCAAUAGUGCGGAGAUGACAGAAGACCUGGAAAGAUUUUCAAGACUAAUUUUAGAUAUUCAAAAGUUGGAGGGCAAAGUCCAGAGUGCAUCAGUUUUAGAGAUGGCAACAAAAAAAUUCAAGAAAAAUCCAUUUUUUCCACAAGCACUCGCUCGUUUCUAUUACAUAGAACUAAAAGACUACUGUCUGGCAGAAAUGUGGGCAAAUACAGCAAAGUCAAGGGAUCCCCUGAACUCUUUCAUUGCUGAUACACUCGGCCAAGUCCAUAAGAACCAUCUGAAAAAAAUAGAGCGUUCCACCAAACCAAGAGAGAUUUUACAACUGGCCACAAAAGCCAUCGAAGCUUUCAAAGACGAAGAGCGACUUGCUGAAAAGGAACGUGGGACAGACAUGAAAGGACAUGUCAAUACCAAAAUCUCACAUUAUUUUAACACCAGAGGGCUGUUGGGUUAUCUGGAGGUUUGCAUCAUUGUGUAUGAUCUACUUGUCAGUCAGAACGAAAUUUGGAGAGGAGUUCUCACAAAGCAAGUGUCCUUGGUCUCUGUUCUGGAAGUACUUGGAGACAACAAACUCUUAAGAUUUAACCAUCUAAUAAAGAUGCUCAGGGUUGAGGUUGAGAGAAAAUGUGCAUUUUAUGAUAAAUAUCUGACUUUUUCAAAGCCUGACAUGACAAAAGAUGAUCCCUCGUACAUUACAGAAGGCACCACAAAGUGCUACAGCUUGUUUGUUGUACACAGCCCAUCAAAAAAAGUUCAAGAAAAAGGAGCUGAUCUCAUCCAGAACCUGAAACAAAAAUUUGCGGACACCUUCGCUCGAGUACUCUCAUGUCUUGACAGAGAAUGCACUGAAUCAGACCUUCAGAAAAUAACAACAUGGUGGGAGGAAAUCUUUCUGCAGAAAGAUUCAGUGACAGCGCUGGCCAACUACAUCCUUGCUCAAAUCAUGUUAAAAAACAUAGGAGCAAUAUUUCCUUUGGAAAACCAGCAUUUAACUGCAUUUAAAGAAAAGGAGAUUCCAGAAGAUUCGCCAGAGCUGCAAAUGUUAACUCUCCUCCUGUGCUGGCCUACAGACAGUGAAGACAAAUGUAUUCUUGACUUCAGUAAAUUAAUUUCACGUUUGCACUGCUCCUAUGAACACGCAUAUAAGAUACACUUUCGAUCAAGGUACCUCUGCCCUCUGUUUUUCAUUGGAAAAGGUCAAGAUCUGAACAGAAUUGUUCACAGAAAGGUCAUUGAAGAAAUGUUUCUGGAAGAAAAUGAGGAAACAACACAACAUCAGAACACCACCUGGAGCGAGGAGAAGAUUUUCAAAAGUCAAACAGUUCAAGCACACCUUUUAAGAGUUGAAGGGGUGGUGCGAAACUACAGAGUCUUUGCAACUUUUGGUGGCACAGUGAUUGAGGUGGAUGCAAAUCUCAGAAACAAGCUCUGGAGACCACGCCAAGUUUCCUUUUAUCUUGGCUUUACCAUCAGAGGUGCUGUGGCCUUUGACAUCCAGACAAAACCUGCAGAAAUGGUCCAAAUCUCAGAGACGGAGAGCUCAGAACUCAGUCCUGUUCUGUCAGCUUUGACAGAUACCACUGGAGUCCAAAUCUCAGAGACGGAGAGCUCAGAACUCAGUCCUCCCCAGUCGGCAUUGACAGAUACCACUGGGGGUGAGCAUUUCGUAGAUCGCUAUCGGACAGCUCUGAUUAACGGAGUGAGAGAUACUGGAACCAUCCUGGAGAAGCUCAAGGAUCAGAGGAUGAUUUCAAAUGAGGACUAUGAGGCUGUGAGAGCUUUAGAAACCACUCAGGACCAGAUGAGCGGCAUUCUACAGUGUUUGACUUCAGCUGGCACAAGAGGCAAAGAUGCUCUCUAUGACCUCCUUAAAAGGAUGAAGAGUAUGAGGCCUCUCAUUGUUGAGCUUGAGGAAUCUGAAUAAAGGAGCAACAUGUAAAAGAUAAGUGCUGCACCUCAUAUGAAAAUAGUGACUUCAUUAAGAAAAGUAUGCUCCUAAAGCUUUGUUAACUUGCAUCUAUUUUUGCCUUUUGUUUGGGGUUUUAUGAAACAUGUGAAACUAUAAAACAUAUUAAGACUAGCAAAGACAAAGCAACUUGUGAAGAAACAUGUACUUUCAAUGGAAAACCUUUUUUUAUAUAUUAACCAGGAAAAUUGUUCCUUUCAUUACUUUCUACAAUGUAAGUGUAAAAAAAUAUGAAUGUUUCACAUUAUGCAAAAUGGGUCAUGCAACCCCAAUGAAAUCAUGAAACACAUGCUAAGGUGCAUUUUUAAUAGUUGUGUGUAAGAGUAGAUUUAUAAUUAAAAAAAACAAAACAGGAAGAGCACAUGACUUUUGAUGUUUCAUUGUAAUGUGCUUGACUAAAGACUUGUGUUAGAUUUUAGAUUUGUAUGAUUAAUGAAGAGAUUGAUGGUUUGUUUGGUUUACUUUUUUUAACCAAAAACAACAAGGAUAAUUCAGUUAAAUGGUAAAAAAAAAAAAAAAAAAAAAAAGAUUAUAUUUACUUUAUUACUUGUGUUGUUUUUUUACUUCAAUUUUGCUUUUGUUGUAUUAACUCUCAAAUGUACGUCGCUUUGGAUAAAAGCUUCUGAGAAAUGACUAGAAUUGUAGAACAUGAGUAUCUCAACACUUUUUAUUCUUUUAUUCUUGCUUUUUGUUUCUACGUUACUGUCCCACAUUUUAUCUUGUAUAUAUUGUCAAGAUGAAAUAUUAAGAAGAGUAAGAAUGAGGGUUUCCUCAUGUUGUGACAUUUUUUUAAUGUGUAUAGUCAUGGAGGGGUUAUUUCUACAAUAUUAACUCCAAUUAAGACAAAAGUGUUUUUGUGUAUUGGUUGAGAAUGAGCUCACCUCCAUUAACACUGUUAGAUCUGUCAGCACAGCAAUUACACCCAUUUUUGCCAAGGUUAGCAUCACUGAUAAUGCCCUCCCAAGUUACAGUGUGUCGUAUCAGCAAGGCAGGCAACUGUUUGGGGACCCAGGCCAGUUUGGGGCAACCAAGGGCCGACAAACUUUUAAAGUAAAGCAGUGGCAAUGCUCAGUUCAAAGUUUGCAGUGACUGUAGAAGUGACUCCACUCACUCAAGAUGCAAGCAGUGUGCGUGAUUGUAAACGACGAUUGACAUGAAAUCGCCUCAAACAGCUUCCAUCACAUACAUGUGAUGAUGGAACAGCAAUGAUUGUACAGAAACAUAUGUUGUUAUUUAAUUUUGAAGUCCUGUUUCUGCAAUAGCAGCAUCAAUAAAAUAAUCUUCAUACCUGA